AUGAAUCACCGUAGUCAAUCCUUGGACGCGGUCUUGGAAGACCUCCAGUCUGCCUACGCAUCCAUCUGCACCUUCAGGCCUUAUAUUCACACCUUAGCCAUCCUUGACAACUCGGGCGAGCCCCUCAUCUCAAAACCUUCCGCUUCAUCAAGCCUGGACGGCAAUCAAACGACUCUACCUGGGUUAGCGAAGUUCAAGGAAUCUGUGAAGCGAGAUGUGGAAUCUGUUGUCUGGCGAGAAGUUCUGAGUGCUCCAGCCCCUGUUGUUGCAGUUACCCAACAUCUAUGUGAUCCUCGUGCCAUAUCUACCGAUAAACCAUCAAAAGGCCAUUCCAAGCGUCAACUCACCGGCACCGAGACAGGUGUGAAGGUCGACGUGAUAGCGGACGGGGGAAGGCAGUGGAUUAGAGUGAAUACCAUCACGGCGACACGCCUAGGAUACGAGUUCCAGGAGCUUGAUUCCUAUCUGAGUGACUCUUCCUCUGACAUGACAGAGCCCUCUGGCGAGUACCAACAACAGUCAAAUAACGAAGUUUCCUUGAUACGCAUGGCUAAGUCGCUCGUCGCUGCCGCCCAUGCAAAUCCUCUGCCCAUACUCAAAGGCGAAUCUCUUCAGUAUCCCAAAGUGACGAUACGCUUCACGAGACUCGAAGACUAUAGUGCUCUAUCCUCUUGGGCAUCGUCUUCUACUACCCACUGCGAUGAAGCUCUUAGGACGAAAAUAUGCGAAGCUCUAGAAGAAGUGAAGCGAUUGGGUAUAGAAGUUCAAUUUGGAGAACGUCAAUACAGCUUCGCCGCUAUUCCUCAAAUUCCUCGUUCAUUGCAAUCUAGCACUCCUCAGUUCCGACCGACAGCGUCUGUCAACCUGGACUUGUCGCUGCUCAUCGCACUCGUCUCUGAUAUCACUCACGCUGAUCUCCCGAGGACCACUGCGGAGGCCGCUUCUCGCUUUGAAGACCCCUCAGAAAGAGGAUUGGAAUCACACGUCAUUGAAGCAGGCUCUAAACAACAGGGACACCCUCCGCAGUCACGCGCCUUGAUGCAACAGCUCCAGCAGGAGAUGCAAGAGGGACUGCUGGAUAUCUUGCGUCGUCGGCUCUCCUGCCACGUGAACAGAGUAUCUAGACGUUCAGGAGAGACCUCCACCGCUGCAGUGAGGGCCGAGCCGUCUCUAGUCGAAGCGGAAGUUGCUGGGGAUCUCUCUUCCAGUGACGUCGAAUUCUUGACAACCGCGGAAGCUAGAGAUCGCUUCUUCGAUAUAGUGUGGACCAUAGGCGGCGAGAAAGAGAAACGGCGGGCCAGUGCGCUUUUCCGCGAUGUUCGUAGUGACCCUGGAAGUGGCGUGGGCAGAUCGUCUCCAGAAACAUCUCUCACGGUAGAGGAGAGUGAGCAAAUGUACUGGCAGGAUUCUAGAUAUCCGAGGGGCUAUCUUCCCCUUGUUCCCAUCAGCGUCAUGAAUAGUGGUCCGGUUUUGCCUGAACCGGAUUCCAGCUAUACCCGGAGCGGCCAUGGUGCACUGUUCAUGGCGAUAGCCAAGACCUGUCGCCAAUUGCUCCAAUUGGAACCGGGCGCGAAACCAAAAUCCAAGAUCUCUGCGCACACUCUGCGCAGCCUGCUCUUUGGCGCCGAGCGAGGGUGGACGACACUUACUGCAAAUCGAGCGAGCGCCAAGGUGCUCAUGUCGGAGGUUCGGGCCAGGUACUGGGCAAGUUUACAAUUGUACGGCCAGGAUAAUAUGGAUGCGGCUGUGUGGGCAGUGAAUCCGAGGAGUUUAGCGGAAGUUUGUUGCUCGGAGGCGACAUCUAGUGCUGCCCAGACAUGA